ACUCAGCGCCGCGCCGGCGGCUCUAAUGGAAGCUCGGCCGCUGGGCUCCCGGGCUACCCCGUGGCGUGCUGCCGGCCUGGCCUUGUCAUCCUCCGUCAUGAGCUGGACGCGGGCGGCCCCGGGUCUCUGAUUGCACCCCCGGAGCCCAAGCAGCUCCAUGGCCGCGGUGUCGGCAUCGGCGGUCCCCGGGGCCGGAGGAGCGGGAGCCGGGAGCUCGAGCCCGCCGCCGGCGGCGUCCACUCGCAGGGACUUCUACUGGCUGCGCUCCUUCGUGGCGGGAGGUAUUGCAGGAUGUUGUGCCAAAACCACCAUUGCACCUUUGGAUCGAGUAAAGAUAUUAUUACAGGCACAUAAUCACCAUUACAAACAUUUAGGAGUGUUUUCUGCAUUGUGUGCUGUCCCCAAAAAGGAAGGCUAUCUUGGCUUGUAUAAAGGAAAUGGAGCAAUGAUGAUUAGAAUUUUUCCAUAUGGUGCAAUUCAGUUUAUGUCCUUUGAUCAUUAUAAAAAGUUCAUUACCACAAAACUUGGGAUUUCUGGACAUAUACACCGGCUAAUGGCUGGCUCCAUGGCAGGUAUGACAGCAGUCAUCUGUACUUACCCGCUUGACAUGGUUAGAGUUCGCCUGGCAUUCCAGGUGAAAGGAGAGCACACGUACACAGGAAUUGUUCAUGCAUUCAAAACAAUUUAUGCAAAGGAAGGCGGCUUUCGUGGGUUUUACAGAGGACUGAUGCCUACUAUUGUAGGUAUGGCUCCCUACGCAGGGGUUUCAUUUUUUACUUUUGGUACCUUAAAGAGUGUUGGUCUCUCCCAUGCUCCUACCUUGCUUGGAAGACCUUCAUCAGACAACCCUAAUGUCUUAGUUUUGAAAACGCAUAUAAACUUGCUUUGUGGUGGUGUUGCUGGAGCAAUAGCACAGACAAUAUCUUAUCCACUUGAUGUAACCCGUCGUCGAAUGCAAUUAGGGACUGUUCUCCCAGAUUCUGAAAAGUGCCUAGGCAACAUGUCCUCUGUUAUAUUUCAGUACAAUGUUGAAGACACUGAAGUAUGUCUAUGGACACCACGGCAUCCGCAGAGGACUCUAUCGGGGCCUGUCUCUUAACUACAUUCGCUGUGUUCCCUCCCAGGCCGUGGCGUUCACAACCUACGAGCUCAUGAAACAGUUUUUGCACCUCAACUGAAGUCAUAUUUUUCCUUGAGAAAUUGUCCAGGGCCAGACACAUAUAUAUCUGUCAUACAAACAUAUAUAAUGUUUUAUGUUACUAUUGGCAGUGGAGGGGAGGGGGGGUUGUGCGUUGAUUAAGUGAAGUGGAAAAUCACUCUGGCCCUGUAAGCCCUGCACUUUUUUUUUUAAAGCCAGAAACCAGAAGUGCUUCCUGUCAUUUUUUUGAUGCCAUAACUUGUGGUUUCCCGAUAUGAAACAUGUCCUUAGGCCAAGACUCUGGAUGUUUUAUUUAGUCAGUUUCAUUAAAAUAACUAAUAGGUCUGAGAAACCAGUGAAAGGUUCAUUGGUGUCCAUUACAGGUUUUCUGAGAUUUACUCUUAGCUUUAUCAUGUGCUUCCGAGCUUUUUUUAGUAAUCAUGGCAAGAAAAAACAAAUGCCAGCCUUCUGCCAGACUUAACGAAAAACUAUGCUGGAUUUUAAAAUGAACUGGGUUCAUUCUGUUUUUUUAAUUAGAUUUAAUAAUUUGUGAUUAUUGUAGCAAGAACGUAUAUUGCAAUUUUAUCUUGCCCAGUUGGGUAAAUAUAUUGUACAAGCUAGCAUUGAAAGGGUGAUAUUUUGUGGGUAGUGGUGACUGGUUUCUUGUCAAAAUAAUACAAUGUACCAUGGGAUAAAACUGUUAGUGACAUUAGCAGUGACAAUGAUUCAGAAGCUAAGUAAGCUUACUUGCAGGUGUUGUUAUAAUAAAAAGUUCUCUGAUACUAUGGGAUAUUUUACAUAAUUUUUUAUAAAAGACAACCUAAUCCUAAAAAGCAGGUAGAAGGAAUGUGAGUUAAAAAAACCCCAGCCCUGAGAGAUUUUCUUUGUAGAAGUGGGUUGGUUUAUGACUUCUGUUACACAAGAUGUAUACAGGUAGACCGAAAGCAUUCCCAUUAUUGUCAAUGUAUGGAUCAAAUGGUAUUUACUGUGCUUGUAUAUAAGUAGAAUAAUAUGUGCAUUAAUAUAUUUACUGUAUCAAAAUGUUCUUCCAUGAGAGAGACUUCUUCUGUUGUGUAAAUUACGGAGAUAUUGAAUAUAAUUUCCAGCGAUCUCCUGUUGUUUAAAAAUAAGCAGGUUAAAAAUGCCAGGAUUUGUUCUUUGUAGCCACUUAUAUAGUGUCAUUUUUAUUUAUUGUUGUAAAUAUAAUUUCAGAGGACAUGAUAUGUGGAAUCAUUGCCAUGAGGUGAGUCUUAGAAAAUCAGUUGAAAUCAUUGUGUGCUUCCAUUUUUGUUUUGGGUUAAGAGAAUGAGCAUUUCUGGUAUGGCCUUUGUAAAUUAAUGAGUUUUUGGAAGAAAUUGGAUGAAUUGUGUUAAUUUUGUUUUGACAUCUCAUCAGGUAAAUAUUUGUUUGAUUUAUAAACCAACCAGUUGAUGGAACUGCAUGUGUUCCUAGAGCUGUGUAUGUUUCCCUUUCAGGAUUAUGCUAUAACUAAAUAUUGUCAAGCAACCUUGAGGUAAUUUAAAUCGCUAAAGCAAAUAUCUUCUAUUAUCCCCUGAAGGUAAACUACAAAUGUUUUAUUGAAGGAAAACUUGCAUUCUGUGCCAUUUCUGGAAUAUGUUCAAUAAUUUAAUAAUAAAUACAUUUUAGUCAUA